UUUCCACACUUAAAUCCCGGUGAUUUAAGUGAUUCCCAAACAACUGCGAGUAUACCAAAUAGCAUUUUUGUAAAGCGUUUUUAUAUGAGGACAAAGUCCCUGUCUAUCACCUGUGGCCCAUUCUCAACAGACUCGAUUGGUGUGUCAAGGGAUAAGCGAUACCAAAUUAAUCGGCCGACUAUCGGCGGCCAGACGCGUCUCCAGUACAGUUGAAUAGGCUUUUUUAAUGUCGCCGAAGGAACGGUUUCAGCGUUGCAGAAUACGGUCUUGCUUAUAGUUUUCUAUUAACCAUAGAUUUGCUAUUACCUACGGCAGGAGGCGUACACUUUGCUGCAGUCUAUUGCCCGCUAUACCAGUAAAGAAACAAGAUAAGCUGCGAAGACUUGUCUGUUCGAAUGUAAACUUCAAGGGUAUAGCAACGUGCUGAUCACGUCUAUUCGCUUCAGCACCUCACGAAGUGGAACCGAUUAGUGUCGAAAGCGUCGAUUUUUCAAUGAAUAAUAUCUUUUUGGAAAAAUGCCCUACCGCAAUCCAGAAAGGCUGCCGGACCAGCAGGAUAAGUUGAGACAUAGUACUACCUGUAACAAGAUCGACAGCCCUGCGCACCAUGAACGAUCGCACAAGCCUCGUCACGACAAGUCGCAUACGAGUCAUGAUUUUGAUAAACCUCAUCGUGGUCCAGAAAGAAGCCCACAUGGUCAUCAUGAUAAGUCAGCCCAUCCACAAGGGUACCAUGAGAAGUCGCCGCAACAGGGUCAUCAAGACAAGGCACAAUACCAUCACGACAGAUCGGUACGAAUUCAUCACACCCGGCCUCAACAUAGCCCCCAGGAGAAAUUGGGGACUCCGACGACCGGCCAUCAUGAACGACACGAAAGGUCACCUAACCACGACGGCUGGCCAAAUCUUACGCCAAAAAUAAACUAUAGUCAACAAAACAUUAACUAUCCCACUGCACAGAUGAACCCACAUCUGCAGUAUCAACAGUACCGAAAGAAUCAAUCGAGAGGCGUUCAGCAGUUGCUUGAAGCGGAAAGACGCGCUAGCGAAAAAGUUGCCGAAGCCCGACGGCGUAAGGCUCGACGCAUCAAGCAGGCCAAACAAGAAGCGCAAUACGAAGCCGAGAAGUAUCGUGAAGAAAAAGAACGAAAGUUCAAAGCGUACGAAGAAUCCCUAAAGGAAUGGCGAAUUAGAACACAGGCGAAAAUUGACGUGGAAACCCAACGGCAGUUGAAUCAGCUGGAUCAACUCAUGAUGAAGAACAAGUCAAAAGUCGCUCGGGGAUUGAUCAAUAUUAUACAGAACGUCCAGUGCGAGAUGCACAGGAACCAGAAAUUUCUUUCACCAGACGACUACGAUCAACAUACGAAUCAUCACAACGGCCACCACCACAACAACCAUCACCACAACGGCCAUCACCAUGACGGUCACUACCACACCGGACAUUACCAUGACAGUCUUCAUCGAGAUCAAGAUUUGUCUACGAGUAAAAUAGUUGUACGUCUCAAAUAACACUGAACCCAUAGGUGCAAUGUAUGCUAACACCGGGUAACUGGCUAGCUGAAUAUGAAAGUUCUUCAUUCUCUAAAAAAGGGAAUGAUCGUUGAUACGUUCAUGUGUGGAACCAUACGCGAUUAUUAUCAAGUGAUGUAGAGCUUGCGUCUACGCAGUGCCUUUUCUUGUGCAAAAUAAAUGUUAUUCCUGUUGUCAUCCUAGGACUCUGGCGAAUUCAAUGACAGUUUGCUUGAUAUGUGUUGUUUUGUUUG